ACAUCAUCUGCCGGCUCCGAUACGUAACCGCAGCUGCCCAGGCUGCCCUGGCCUGGUUUGUCUUUUCCUCCUUUCCUUGACUGGAUCCAGUCCUCCAACCGCUCAUUUCAGUGGACAUUGUCGCGCAAGCAGCAUCAUGCCUUCCGAGAACGAUCCCCUCCUCUCCAGUGAGGGCUCCCCUCAGACCGGUGCCUCCAACGACAAGACCUCCAGACGAUCCUCGCGGGCGAGAGAGAUUGGGCUCUUCAUCUGGGCCCUCCUUGCCACAGCGGCUGUCAUCGUCCUCGCCGUCUGGGUGCAACACAGCCAACAGACCGACCGCGGCAACCGGGAUCGCGACAACAACAAUGGCGCGCCCAAGCGCAAUCUCGUGUUCAUGGUGUCGGACGGCAUGGGCCCUGCCUCGCUCUCGUUGACGAGGAGCUUCCGACAACACGUCGACGGCCUGCCCAUCAACGACACGCUCGUUCUCGACCAACACUUCUGGGGCUCGAGCCGUACGCGCUCAAGCAGCUCGCUGGUCACCGACAGCGCGGCCGGCGCGACGGCCUUCUCCUGCGGCAAGAAGAGCUACAAUGGCGCCAUCUCGGUGACGCCCGACUACCAGCCAUGCGGCAGUGUCCUGGAGGCGGCCAAGCGCGCUGGCUACAUGACCGGGCUGACGGUCACCACCGAUAUCACCGACGCCACGCCCGCCUGCUUCGCCAGCCAUGUCUUGUUCCGCGCCUUGGAGGAUGACAUUGCCCUACAAGAGGUCGGAGACGGCGUCCUUGGGCGCACGGUCGACCUCAUGCUGGGUGGUGGUCGCUGCCACUUCCUGCCCAACACCACCGAGGGCAGCUGCCGCAUGGACGACAUUGACGUGGCCAAGAUGGCCCAGGACAAGUACAACUGGACCUACGCCGACUCGCGCUCCGCUUUCGACAAGCUGGAGAGCGGUAACAAGGUCAACUUCCCCUUCAUGGGUCUGUUUGCGGGGGCGGACAUUCCCUUUGAGCUUGACCGCCGCAACAUGAACGACGUCUACCCCUCGCUGAGCGAGAUGACCGAGGUGGCCCUGCGGUCCCUCGAGCUAGCUACCGCGGACUCCGACAUGGGCUUCUUCCUCAUGAUUGAGGGCAGUCGCAUCGACCACGCCGGCCACAUCAACGACCCUGCCACGCAGGUGCACGAAGUGAUCGAGUACGACCGCGCUUUCAAGGCCGUCCUCGACUUUAUCGAGCGAUCGGACACCGAGACCGUCCUGGUCGCCACCAGCGAUCACGAGACGGGUGGUUUGGCCACCGCGCUUCAGGAGCCCGGCCAUCUGCCUGUGUACGGCUGGUACCCCAAGGCGCUCGCGCAAGCCACCGCGUCCUGUGAGCACCUCGCCAUCAAGCUUCAGGAGCAUGUCCUUGCCACAGCCAUGUCCAAGGAUAAGCUCAAGCACUGGAUCGAGGACGAGAUCAUCGUCAAGGGCCUCGGCAUCACCGACUCGUCUGACGAGGAGCUCGACGUACUCGCUGCAGACCCAGCCGGUGCACUGACCGUUCUCUCGGCCAUGAUCUCCCUCCGUGCCCAUGUCGGCUGGAGCACGCAUGGGCACACCGCCGUGGACGUCAACGUCUACUCCUCUGGUGGGCCUGGGACCGAAGCGAUCAGGGGCAACAUUGAGAACACGGAUGUCGGCGCGUUUUUGCGGGAGUACCUCGAUGUAGAUGUCGAGGCCAUCACCGUGGAGCUGAAGGAGAAGAUGGAUUUGGGCAGCAUGGACGUGGAGUCCAUGGCGUAUGACUAUUUCAUGUGAAGACUUGGCAUCGUUUACGGGGCGUUUGACGGACGGGGGGUCGCAUCCAGAAUAGCGUAGAGCAUACAGAUAUACAUAAAGACUUGCAAGCGCGGCGAAUGUAGACAACGAAUCGGAUCAUAUUGAUAUGCCUCUGCGGCCGUUGUGAAUGAGUCUACAAGAAUAAGCAAG